AUGCGAGCUGGCGGAGGAUCAAUCAUGUGUUUUGACACCACUCGAUCGGCCGGCUACUCCAAUAUUGGUGAUGACAUUGAGCGAUCGCCCUGCUCGAGUGCUUAUGAGAUUCCAUCACCAGCAGCAUCAACUGGUUUGAUGGCCUGGAUAUGGAGCAGCAAAACACUUUCGCUCGAAUCUUUGACGAGAAGAAACGCCGCUAGACCU